AUGUACAACCAGCAAUUCAUAUUUGACUAUUUGAUGACACUUGUGGACAGCAGACGCUUGGACAUUAACAAGCCUUAUGCUGUGGGUCGAACAUUACUGCAUGCUGCGGCAUCGCAAACCAACAAUACCCAUUACAUACGUGUUUUAAUGCAGUAUGGGCUUGAACCCGACGCAUUGGACGACGGCUUCCAGACACUGUUAGGACGGGCUGUCAUACUACGGCAUUUCGAGGGAGCUGAAAUAAUGCUCAGUGACCCGCGAUACGACAAGGCCAAGGUCUUUGAGACUCCUCAUCGCAUCGGCUACUUUCUUUUCGAAUAUCAUGUUUUUGGUAGCCUGAGAGCUGUAUGGCCAGAGCUGGCGAUUUCUCAAAUUGAAUUCUACGACAGUUUUGGGGCUACCAAAGCUGCUAUGACGAGAUCCCACAUGCUACGGUGUCUGUUAGACGACUGGCCGUCCAUCAGGGAAGACGUACGCGGUUUUAACAGCUGGGUUUUGGACUGGGCGCUUGAAAGAAUGCAGGUAGGCCAAAUCAAUUACCAGGACGAUGAUGGAGGAUAUGCAGUCCUUCACUUGAUGGGAUAUCACGCAAACUUCGACGGCGUCGCCGCUAUGUUGCAAUGCGACAAGGCUGAUAGAUAUGUGCUGACUAGAAAGAACAUGAGUGUGUUUGACUGCAUAUUUGUGGAGGACGGAACCCCUUUCCCUGAUAAAGGGAGGUAUAUCCCGUUAUGGUGCUCUGAAGGGUUAUCACGGAGAGGUGAGGUUAACAAGCGGUUCGAAGCAUUGGACCAGAAGAUCGAAAUAGCUUUAUGA